UCCAGCCGAUCCAGCCAUAAUGCCAACACUGAUGUCAAGAAUAACAGCAAACCAAUUGGUUCUAAUAUUGUGGAUGGGUAUCAGUACACCCGUCCAGGAUCCGACGUGAAGAUGUUGGGUGAGAUGCUGUUUGGGUCUAUCCCAAUGAGUUCCAACGGUCCUAUCAUCAAAGUCCACACCUUCAAGAUGCCGCCUAAGGUGAUGCUGUCGAGGGUCUUCCAACUCAAACCUCCAAAUGAGCAAUUAGAAACGGAUGGAGGAGACAAGGACUCCAUUAGCCUCUACUGUGCGGACAUGACCAUCCCGAGGAGUAUUAGCGCUAAUAGCCUGCCCUCUGUUGAGAUCGCUCGUAGUAUGCCCAUAGCGAUGCCCACAUCACCCAACAAACUGGGUCUGGAUGAUGAGAGUGGAGAGUUCUCAGCAUCUGGAAGCUUUUUGGCACCUUUCUUGCCGUCAUCCCCAGGGAGUGUUUCAAGCUCCGCCUCCAACGGCAGCCUCCACAGACGAUGGUUACGAAACCAGGUCACGAGUAUGGAGAAUGUUGCUAGGAGAAGGUCAUCAGAAAACAUUUCCAACGUGGAGGAGCCUAUCAGACGGAGGAAGCGCUACCCAAAGAUCGGUGUCGCUAUUCUAUUCAACCUGCCGGAGCAACCCUCUGGAAGGGAGGACGAAGAGUUCAGACGGUUUUUCUUCUCCCACUUCUCUCUGCUUGAGGGACACUUCCAGAGACUGGUGUCUUCCAUUGAGAAAGCACUCAAUUAUCAUCGCAAGAGCUUCAUUAGGCCUGUGAUGGAGGCCCUUGAUCACUUCAAGCUGAGUGUGAUCCAGCUGUACACCUCUCCUAGAAUACAACGACCCAUCUGGCUUAACCUCAUGACCUACCCCCAGCAGAGAGGUCACCUGUGCGAGCAUCUCAUCCGAGAGUUGGGCAGGGUCCUCGAAACGCACAACAGCAAACAGAACAACUUUUUUAUGAGUCGUCUGAUGACGGGUGUUCUGAUGUACCACUUAGCUUGGGUUCCUACAGUGAUGCCUGCUGGUGCCACUCCAAGCCGUGCCUUCCUUGACAAACAUUCUUCAACAACUCUCGAUAUAUUAGCCAAGUGUCAUCCGUACAACCCACUCUGGGCGCAGUUGGGGGAUAUGUAUGGCAACAUUGGCCUUCCAAACAGGGUAGCCAAGACGGUCAUUGUUGGAAAGCGUGCGGAUGUGGUCUGUCGGUUGCUUUAUGUGUUGUCCUACUUCAUCCGAUGCAGCGAGGUCCACGAAAUCAACGAGAAGUGCGAAGACAUCAUCAUGGAAUGUACACAGCUAGCACUGUCCGAAUCUGAUGAUUCAAUAGAUCGUCGCAGAACUUUGACCGAGGACAUGUUUCUUGCCAAAACAGAAGACAGUGGGAUUGAGGAUGUAGGAGGCUUGACUCAAAGCGAAUCAAGCAAUAAGCCAGUGUUUUACAUCCAGGAUAUGCCGAAGCAUGUGGAAACCUCUAGUGAUGAUGGGGUAGGGUUGGAGGGCGAGUCACAAGAAGGUGUGGCGGUGAGGAAGUUGAGAUGUAUUCAGGAGCGUAACAAGAACAGAACUAAUGUAAUACUGUCCAACAACAGCAAUUCAAGAACUCACAGUCGGUUUGAGGAGAGCGAUGAUGUUUUCAGGGACAGCACUGAUUCUAGAACUACUCAAUUAAAUAAGGUUGUUGGAGGAGGGGAUACUUGCAAAGUUGCUGAAACAGUUGCAAAGUCAAAUUCGCAAAGUGUUCAGCAUGAUCAGGAACCUUCAAUAGUAUGCAAGACUCUAGACAACAGUUUGCUUGUAUCUAAGUUAGAAGUUGCAGUACCUGUUGGUCGGGCUUCAAGGAACAUUGAGGACCUCCUUAAAUUCGACAUUGAUGAACCUUUAACAGCGAUAGAUUCUUCAAAGGAUAGUAAUGAUAGGACGUUAAAUAGCAUUAACGAUUGCAAUGAAAAUGAUAAGUUUGUGAUCUCUAAACUUGCGAAUGAGAAAUUUUCAAAUUCUCAUGAAUCAGGAGAGAGUGUAUCAAAACCAGAUAUUGUUCUUUCAACUGAACACAAUGCAGACUCAAACCACCAUGUCCUGAAGUCACACAAGGUUUCAGACUCCAUAGAUAUCACCACAAGCCCUUGUCAAAGAACAGUAUCACCACCAAGCAAGGAACAUGUAGCGGAUGCAACACAGCAUCGGCUCACACCAAGUCAUACCUCAAGUAAUCACUCAGGCCAAGCCAUUGGACAGAAUCAACAUCAAAUGUGUAGACUCGAGUCGAUAGAGGAUAAAGGACGCUAUGAACGAUCGUCUGAUUUAUACAAGCGAUCUGUCUCGAGUAUGUCGGCUGUAUCUUGUGCCUCAUCGGCUCUUUCGGAUCACACCUGUCUGGAGCACGAAGAACUUCCAUUGGCUUGCUCUGAACAGAUGUUUGAACUGGAGUUGGAGAAGAACAAGUCCCACGUCGAUAACUUUGGUCGCUCCCUUCUCGGAGGAUACUGUCAAAACUUUGUGCCUGACUUUGCCCUUCAGGGUGUCCCUAAACUGGACAACAAACUGGUGGAGAAGAGCCUCAUCGAUUCUUCACAGCACCCAGUCCUGGAUGACUCUGUCUUGGAGGAUGUGUACCUAGUGGCUGAUACAGACAACUGGUCAGUUGAGACGGUGUCUUGCGAGAGGUAUCAAGGAUGCAGCAACAAACCUGUCACUCAAGAUGUAGGGAUCUCAGGACUUGUUGAUCAGCUCUUGGAAUCAGUCAUGCAGCUCCACCGCAUGAAACUCUCAUCAGACUUUUGUCUAAUGCACCUAGAGGAUCGUCUGCAGGAGGUGUACUUCCAGAGUACUUCAGUAGCAUCCUACCUAGAACACAAGCCUAUGAUCAAGGCUAAAGCCCUGGCUGGAGCAGUGGGCGUUGACUGCACAGAUCUACCCUUACUCCUGGCUGUAGCGAGUGUCCAUUCCCCGCAUGUCAUUGCUAAUGUUGUGAGGGAGACCAUUGAGCAACAGCGGCUAUUGGUUCAGCAGGACUCGCCCUGAUAUUCCUACCUAGAAGAUAAGCAGAUGAUCAAGGCAAGGUCAAGCUUGUGUAGGUGUGGACAGUAACUGUGCUGAUCUUGUGCCUUUGAAGGUAACAAUUCCUCGGGCCUUUGAGCAACAACAUCUUGUGCUUCAGUAGGACUAUCACUGACCACUUAACCAGGAACACAAGUAGAGGAUUGAGGGUUAGGCCUAUUCCGUUGAGCUGUGGGCAUUGAUUCUGCUGAUCAUACUUCAAUAUGACGCUAUACCAUUCCUCAAUCCAUCGAGUAGCAACAGCAUUUUCGGCGUUAUGCAACUCUUCGGGACCUCUUUACCCAAAGGACCAGCAAAGUAUUUAGGAUAAGGCCUAUCACGUGGAGCCAUCUACAUUGAUUGCAUUGAUCAUACUUCAGUAUUAGCCUUUAGAUCAUUCCCUAGACAUUUGGGGAACAGCCCUUUUUUCCAGCGGGACUGUCUUCUAUCUGCCUACCCAGAAUGCAACCCUGUGGUCUAUGCUACUACUCUUAGGGCAUUUCUGAUGGAGCUGUAGACAUUGACUGCGUACUGCAUCCUUUGUUAUCGACCGUAGCAUAUGAUCACCCCCAGACCACUAUACAGUAACACCUCACUGUUGGCUUUUUGAAUUGUCCAGAAUCUGUCCAUCGAUUAACCAUACUGGUGACCAUCAAACAACACCAUCUUUUACUUCAGGAGGACAUACCCUGAUGGGUUCUCAUUUUAGCAGAUGUUCUUACCUCUUUCUUCUGACUGCAGACAGCCAUCUUUUCCUGUUACACACUCAGUAGCUCAAGGGAACGCUAUUUUCAUGAUUGCGGACGACAUCAUUUUGCUAACAUAGCGUGAUUUUUUUGUUGCAGUCGCGCUAUCAUAGGCAAGUUCUGUAGGGGACAUAAAAGGCAAUCCCCAACCUGGCUGUACUCAAAAUACCCGAGACUAUGAGGGCUAACUGAUGUCAAGAUUUUGAUCUUAGCUUACAAAUACAAUUCAAAGGAUUUUUUUUACUAUUACAAAUAUAUGAAAGUUAAAGUUUAGCAAUUGGUAAAUAUUCAUGGAAGUGAAAUUGAAAAUAUUUAUUGAUAUCCAGUGAUAAAUUCCAAAUGUUUCAACUCUAUAUGGGGGAAUUUCAAAUUUACCUAAUCGCACAUUUAAAACAUUACAAGAUACACUGUAUAAAAGGAAGUCAAUUUUAGUGCCUUUUUAAUCUUUGCAGAUGAGUAGAUUUGUGGAAGGAAGCUUGCUAAAGAUGAGAAUUAUUGAUUGCUGAAAAUGGAAAAUUAUUCAUUAUUAGCAACAUAUUUCAAAAUGAUUGUAUGUACAUUGCCUUACAUUUAAAUUAAUCUAUAUACAUUGUAUAAAUGCAGUAAUGAACAUGUAAUUACAAUGUAGGAUCGUAUUUAUUCGCAUUGUGCAAUUUUUGUUACAAUUAUGUAGACAUGAUAAUAUUUUCUGUGUAGCUGAAUCACCGAUAAGAAUCUUAUUACCACAUUGGCUACCUGUAUCAAGUAAUCCUCUCCUAGCCUGGUAUUCAAUUAAAAACUUUGAAUUUCUUACAAAGUAUACUGCUUGGCAAAGGAUUUGUCUAAAAAAAAUGAUGGUAAUAACUAGCAAUACUCCACUUUUAUGUUGCACUUAUCUUAUUGGAACCAUGUCUUGUAAGUGAUACCUCGAUAUGAUAUUGCUAAGAAUUCUCUUACCACUGAUGCUGGCUUACUACUCACAGUGUACAUGUACAAAUCUCCAUUUCCUUGUUGUUUUUCGCAAUCCUCUUUUUUUCUUGGGUCAUGAUACAAGUCCUGUCCAGGGUAAAGUGCAAGAUCUGGCUUUGAUGUUCACAGUCUCUAGGGGGCCUGUUCCAUAAUACUUAUUACAGUAACAAAUUUGGAGUAACAGUUAAUAGGUACUGUCAUCCUGAAUUUUGAUUGGCCGAGUUGUAAACGUUAAAAAAAAAUGGAUGGAACCGGUAUUUGUUAUUAUAAUAGGUUUUAUGAAACAUGAUCCGGAUGGUCAUGGCCAUGGGCAGUCGGGUCGCUCAAAUUGUGAAGCCAGCAGCAUUGAUAUUCCCAUCUUGCAAGAUACCGACCAAACACCUGGGCGGAUAUUGAUAUUCUGUUCUUAGAAUCUCACUUUGGUCAAAAGACAUGAAGCCCUAAUUCUUGGAUAUGAGAAUCAUAAUGCCUCAAAUUCAUAAUAAUUUAAUGUGCAAUUUGUGUGUCGCAUCCAGUUUUUGCUCUCUUUUGCACAACUUAUUAUGGUGAAGACUGCAUAUAAAAAACCUAUACCUGCCGAUCAAGGCAUUCAAAAUAUGAUACACGAAUUCAGUCACACCUAUGUAGUAUGUUUGUAUUUAUUGGAAACAUUGUAUAUGCAAGAAAGGCAUUAACUUGUUAAAUCAGUCAGGAAUUUUUGCUUUCAUGAGAAGUAGUCAUGAAAACUGCCCAUUCAUUCAUAUUCUCAACCAUAUUGUGAUGAUUGUUCUAAAUGCGAGAGAGAGA